AUGGCUGGAGGCAAAGGCAAGUCGGGAGGCAAGACUUCAGGCGGAAAGGCUUCGGCCGAUGGUCCCAAGAAGCCGCAGAGUCAUUCUGCUCGCGCCGGUCUUCAGUUCCCCUGCGGUCGUGUCAAGCGAUUCCUGAAGGCCAACACCCAAGGCAAGAUGCGCGUUGGUGCCAAGGCUGCCGUCUACACCACGGCCGUCCUCGAGUACCUAACCGCUGAAGUACUCGAACUUGCAGGCAACGCCGCCAAGGACCUCAAGGUUAAGCGUAUCACCCCUCGCCACCUACAACUCGCCAUCCGCGGAGACGAAGAACUCGACACCCUCAUCCGCGCCACCAUCGCCUUCGGCGGUGUGCUGCCCCACAUCAACCGCGCCCUCCUCCUCAAGGUCGAGCAGAAGAAGAAGGCGAAGCAAAUCGAAGCAUAG